AGAAACAAAAAUCAAGUUGUUGUUAUCAAUGUCCAAGAAGGGACUCUCAAGUUCAUUUUCUUAUCCAUUUUCAUUAGAAAUGUCAGAUCAUCGAAGAGGUGCACUUCUCGACAUUACUUGUAAAAACAGUCCUUCACUUCUGGCAUCGUUUACCAAAGAAAAAGCUUUUGGAGCACAUACGGAAUGGCUGCUGGUGAAUAUAGCUAACUCUAGCUUAGGAUUUAUGGACAAUAAAGGUGUCCAAUUGCUAUCAGAUGCGUAUGCCUUGCCAAGCAGUUCCGUAGUUUUAGCCAAUAUCUUGGAAGAAGAAGCUGUCGUUGAAUACUACGAUGUAUAUCGGACGUCUACGUUUACUGAUAUCAAGUUCUUAUUUCUCUCACGUCAACCUCUCUCGAGAUUCACAAUACUGACCAAGCCAAUGAGAACAGAUUUCGACGGCAUCACCUUCAGAGCUGCAGCAGCUGUUUUGUACCCGAAUAUGUUUGAGGGAUUUUCAGAAGGAAACUUAAAUCACCCUGAGACUGAUGCAUAUGCAAAAGUAGGAUUUGCCAUUGAACGUAACAUUGGACAACAGUACAAUUUUAGUUUCACUCUUAGGAUGUUUUUCAAUAGCUAUGGAUACUUGAAAAACGGCAACUUUACACAUUUGAUGGGUAUGUUGGUAAAAGAGGAACUCGACUUCGCUGCUGGUCUAAUGAUGCGAGAGGAUCGAAUGGAUUAUAUAGAUUUUGCUGGAAACACUUUUUUAAUUUCAAGUCCACUGAUUUUCAAACAGCCUUCGCUAUCAUCUGUAUCAAAUAUAUUCGUAUUGCCUUUCCAAACAAAGGUUUGGGUGGCAUCCGGCGUUCUUCUGUUCACCUCCACUAUCAUACUCUUCCUUGAAAUAAUCAUCACUUCCAGAUUAUUAUUUUGGACCAGAUACUCUUUCUUGGAAGUUUUCAUGGGGAUUUUGGAAGAAGCUUUUUUACAAGGUUCUACUCUUCAGUUUGAAUCAGCUGCUGCCAAAUUGACCUCUCUCUUAUUCUCUAUUGUUUCAUAUUUCCUCUAUAUAGCAUACUCAGCUAAAAUAGUGGCUCUUCUACAACUGUCCACUUCCACCAUUACUUCCUUGUCACAAUUGACAAACAGUCAUAUGUCUAUUGGUAUUCAAGAUGUCAUUUACAACAGAGUUUAUUUUCAGGAAACUGAAGAUCCACAUUUAAAAGAAUUUUACCAAAAGAAAAUAUACUCUUUAGGAGAAAAUGCGUAUCUCCCUCCAAAAGAUGGUAUUGUGAAGAUACGGUCCGGAUUUUAUGCUUACAAGCUGGAAACUGAUUGGGCUUACAAAUUGAUUGGAGACACGUUCAAUGAAAAUGAGAAAUGCGGACUUACUGAAAUGAGUAUCUUUGUUUUGCCAAUGAUAGCUCUUGGAUUUCCAAAAAAAUCAGGUCUAAGAGAGCAUUUUGCAAGAAGUGUCAUAUGGCAGCAGGAGACAGGUGUGUUCCAGAGAAUAAUGAAAAUAUUCUCUUCCCAGAAGCCUAGAUGCAAUAUCAACGCUGUCGGCUACACUAAAGUUCACUUGAUGGAUUUUGAACCCGCUCUUUUGGUUCUACUUUAUGGAGUUUUAGGAAGUAGCUUAGUUUUUUUUCUUGAAGUCAUAACAACUUUAAAAUCAUUUAUUUCUACUAAAAAAUGUUUCUCUGCCAAAAUUUUGAAGUAA